AUGGCGACCUCCAAUUUCCCUUUCCAGGUGACAGAACACACCAUUGAGGGGCAACACAUUCGAGAAUAUCCCCGUGCAACAGCAACCGAAGAUGCACCCCUAAAACUCUUGAUCAAGAAGUAUACGCCCCUUGAUAACCUGAACCCCCAACCUGGUGAUAUUACCCUGAUCGGCUUUCACGGCACCGGAUUUCCCAAAGAGCUCUACGAGCCAUUAUGGGAAGAAAUUCUUGCAAGAAGCAAACAAGAUGAAUUCCGCAUUCGCGCGAUCUGGAUGGCCGAUAGUGCCCAUCAAAACGCGAGUGGAGUUUACAAUGAACAAAACCUGGGAAACAGCCCCUCUUGGCUCGAUCAUUCCCGAGAUGUCCUCCACAUGAUCAACCAUUUCCGCGACGAGAUGCCUCGACCACUCAUGGGCUUUGGACAUAGCCUGGGCGGAGUACAAGCGAUCUUCCUUUCAUUGAUGCAUCCACGACUCUUUACGUCAUUAAUUCUCACCGAGCCUCACAUCACCGACGAGGACAAAGGCCAACGCAAGGACCUCUUGCUGAUGACAAUCAAAGCCAAAGACAAAUGGAACUCCCGAGCAGAAGCCGCAGCAAAAGCGCGUAAAAUGCUCCGAAUCUGGGAUCCGCGUGUGCUCGAUCGCUGGGAGAAGUAUGGGCUGAGAGACCUUCCCACUGCGAUAUAUCCCGAGUCCAAGACGACCAACGGGGAACCUGCAGUAACGCAGACUACGACGAAACACCAAACAGCUCUGAUGUACUAUCGCGAGAACCUCAAGCGUCACAAGCACCUCGGUCUACCAGACGAGGAAGAUGAAAACGAGACCUACGGCCCAAGCCCAGCCCACGAUCCGCUCUUUGUGCCCGACAUGCUUGGCCCGCUGUACCGUGAGCAAAGACAUUACCGGGCCGAACCAUUGCUGGCAGCUCAGUUACUUCCGUAUCUACGACCAUCGGUGUUCUACCUCAGCGCGGCCAAGUCCGAGCUGACUCUGACGGGACUCCAGGAAUGGGCUGCGAAGCGGACGGGUACUGGGUUUGGUGGAAGUGGCGGUAUGCAGUCUGGCAAAGUGAAGCAUGUUGUUAUUGAGAAGGCUUUCCAUACGCUUCCAUUGGAGAAGGUUGCCAAAACUGCUUCUGAGAUGGGGCCUUGGAUGGCGCAGGAGUCGCGGCGGUGGAAGGAUGACGAGAAGCGCAUUGCUGAUGGAUGGGAGGGGCUUUCUGUUAAGGAGAAGUCGACUCUUCCACAUGAAUGGGUGAAUGCAUUGGUUGAGGCAUCUAGUGCUAUUGAAGCUCGCGCGAAAAGGGAGUCGAAGAUUUGA